UCUCAGUUGACAGGAUAAAUUGCUUUGAAAGACUACCAAACACAACAGUAAGAGUAAGAUAGCAGAAAACCACAACUACCACUGCUGAUUCUUAAGGUAGAGGCAGUAAACUUCUAAAAAGGGAUAUAAUGGCAAGGCAUAAGUGGCUUUGCCUUCUGUUAAUAAUCUGCAUAUUUGUGAUGAUCACUGAAGCUUCAUUAAGUAAGCCUUCAAUUAAUCUUCCUGACUGGGGGCCAAAUGCAGAUUAUAUUACAAAGUGUGAUUUUGAUAGUGAUCAGUCUCCAUUCUGUGACUGGAGUGCACAGGGGUUAAUCAGAAGCCAAGCAGGACAUGAGAAAUUCUACCUCUCAAGAGAUCCAAUGAGCCCUGAAUCUUGGUUAAAGAGUGAGGUUCUGUAUCUCUCUGGAGACUCGUGUCUUGAAUUCUGGUAUUACAAACCAGGGCAUGAAAGCUCAGAACUGAGAGUCCUGCUAAGUGAUAAUGAUCUCCUAACACAAAUAUGGAGUUCUCUGCACACUGAAGUCCACACCUGGAGGCAGGUGCUCAUUCCGCUGAGUUACUCAGAGAUUUCUGUGAAGAUUAUUUUUGAACUUAGGCAUAAACAAGGAAUGGAAGAAACUGUCUUUGAUAGGAUUGGAGUACAGCGGGGACUGUGUGACUCUCAAUGCCAUCCAGGCACUCAGUUCUGGACAGAUGAAUCCACUCAGUGCACCUGUAUUGAAAGUCAGCUGACCUGUGCCCAAAUUGCCUGUGGGGAUGGUCAACCCUGCAGUAAGACUGUUCAGUCCAAACAGUCAAGUGACUCAUUCGCAUCUGGCACCUGCAAAGUAACGAGUGACCUGCGAUACACCACAUUUGAUGGGGUCAAAUCCUGUUUCAUGGGUCAUUGUAUCCAUGUACUGACAGAGGUGUGCGAUGAGGCUGGAUUGCUUCCGGACUUUGCAGUGGAGGCGAAGAAUGAGCAAAUAGGCAAAUCAUCUAAAUUCCAAAUCCAGCAGGUGAAUCUGAACGUACAAAGUCUAAGAGUGACUCUGCUGAGAAAAAAGAAAAGAAAAAUCAUGGUAAAUGGUAUUUGGAGGAAUCUCCCCCUGAGUCUAGAUAAAGACACAAUAAAAAUCAGUGCCCAUGGACCAGCUGUGGUGCUUCAGACAAACUUCAAUCUGUCCAUUUCUUUUGCCACAUCUGGUGCCCUUCAGGUAACCAUACCAAUCCAGUACUCAGACAAACUCUGUGGCAUGUGUGGCAACUUUAACAAUGUAAUGGAUGAUGAUAAGAACAUGUCAGGCAGAUCUCUGGUCAAGGACACCCAGAUUCUGGGGCAGAAGUGGAAGAGUGCCAAUUCCCUCUGCCAAGAGGCCAUUGUACCAAGCAUGUGCUCAGAAUCUGAGAAGCUGGAAUAUGAAAGCAAUAUGUACUGCGGAGUUCUGCUGUCCCAAAAUGGUCCCUUCUCUAAGUGCUCUUCUUCUCUUGACACUUCAAGCCUCUUCUGGAGCUGUAUAUCUCAGAUGUGUACUACUAAAGGAGAUCAUAAAGCCUUCUGUGAUGUCCUGCAGGCAGUUGAAAAGUCCUGCAGUGAGGCUGGAAUUUCUGUGACUGGCUGGAGAAAUGCAACUCACUGUUCUCUGGCCUGUGGGUCUAACAGCCACUUUAAUGCCUGCUCCAGAGAUUGCCCUGCAACUUGUUCUGACCUAGAUGCUGCAGAGGAUUGUGGAAGUUGUCAAGAAAGAUGUGAUUGUGAUGAUGGUUUCCUGCUAAGUGGAGGAAAGUGUGUACCUGUGGAAGACUGUGGGUGCUGGGUGGAUGAACAGCACUAUGAGAGAGGAGAGACAUUUAUGGAGGGUGACUGUGAAAGUCUGUGCACAUGUGCAGGCCAUGGCAAUAUUCAGUGCUCAGCUACUUCCUGCCUAGCCCAUGAAGUGUGUAAAGUUGAGAAUGGGGCCAUAGGAUGCUUCCCCUCCAGCCGAGUGACCUGCAGUGUCUAUGGUGAUCCCCAUUACAUCACCUUCGAUGGCAAGGCCUAUUCAUUCCAGGGAACCUGCAACUACACCAUUGCUAAAACAUGUAGCGCUGGUGCAAUUCAGUUCACACUAACAGCGCGGAAUGAGGGGCUGAGAAACUAUUCAUCUUCAUCUCUGAACUCUGUGGUUCUGGAGGUGGAUGGCUUUCACCUUGCAAUCAGAAAGAACAAGCUGGUUUAUGUGAAUGGAAGCCAAAUCACUCUUCCUUUUUCAUAUAGCACCUCAGUGAGUGUGUCCCAAACAGGUCCAUAUGUGAUAGUGGAAACCAACUUUGGUUUGAGGUUCCUGUUCAAUGGAAAUGACCGGCUCUUUGUGCAAGUAGACGAGAGACACAAGGGCAGGAUGUGCGGACUCUGUGGAACCUACUCUGGAAGUCAGUUUGAUGACUUCUUGACACCUGGAGGCAAUAUAGUCCCAUAUCCACAUGAUUUUGCUAAUAGUUGGAAUACUCUUGACAAGGACUGGCCUUGUAUAAACGGCUCUCAGAAUAAACCUGAAUGUUCACCUGAGCUGGAGAGCAAGGGAUUUCAGGAGUGUAGUAAGCUGUAUGGAGAUGACUUCAAAGCCUGCCACUGGUUCGUGCCCCCUCAGAUCUUUGUGAACAGCUGUGUGCAAGACUAUUGCACCUCAAGGGGGGAUCAGACCCAGCUAUGUACAUCUCUACAAAAUUAUGUGGCAGCCUGUGAAGUGUCUGAGGUGUUUCUGGGAGACUGGUGGAAAGGCACAGUCUGUGAUAUUCCAACCACACCACCAACAGCAGAACCAGGCACCUCAACACCAUCACCACCCACCACCCCAAAUUCCAGUGCAAGUUGUUCAUGGAGCUGCAACUUUGACCAGGAUGAAUGUGGAUGGGAACAGUUAAUCCAGGACAGUUUUGAUUGGACAAGAUGGUCUGGAUCAACACCCUCUAAUUUCACUGGCCCAUCCAGUGACCACACUACAGGAAGUGGCUUUUAUAUGUAUAUUGAGGGUGAUGGAGUCUACCAUGGUGACUCAGCACGUAUGAUGAGUCCAGUAUGCAAUACUUCGGGCACCCAGUGCAUGACCUUCUGGUAUCACAUGUAUGGUUGGGCAACAUCCAUGUUGCUUAAUGUCUACCUGCUAGAAGAGAAUCAUGCCACCAAAAUAUGGUCUAGAGCUAAUAAUCAGGGCAACCGCUGGCACCUAGCCCAAAUUGAGAUCAGCCCAAUGGGACCAUUCCAGAUUAUUGUGGAAGGCAUUAGGGGUUCAAAUGCUCAAUCAGAUAUGGCAUGGGAUGAUGUUACCAUAGUACAUGGAAAAUGUGCAGAAGUUAGCGUGAUGCCUGAACCUGAGGAACCAUCACCAACCAGUGGAGACCUGUCUAUUACUACCCCAGUGUGCGAAAUGAACUGCAAUUUUGACAACAAUCUUUGCACAUGGAAUCAACUGUUGACUGAUGUUUUCGAUUGGACAAGACACAGUGGUCCCACCCCUACAUCAAUGACUGGGCCCUUGUCUGAUCACACAACAGGAACUGGUUACUACCUGUACAUUGAGGGUGACAGUGCCACUCAUGGAGACACAGCACGUCUCCUCAGUCAGGAAUGCCCUGAUGUGCAACCCCAGUGUCUGCAGUUCUGGUACCAUAUGUACGGCUCCAGCUGGACUAUGGGUCUGACUGUCUACUUAUUGUAUGGGAAUGUGGCCCAGGAGGUCUGGAGAAAGAGAGAAAACCAGGGGAAUGCCUGGCAUCAGGCUCUAGUGGACAUCAGGCCCCAUGACAAAUUCAGGAUUUUAUUUGAAGGACGCAGAGGAGCCAAUUCUAGGUCAGAUGUUGCUUUGGACGACGUCUCUUUACACAGAGGACCCUGUGCAGGUUUACUGAAAGAUCUGAUUGGUUCACCUGUACCCGAGAUGUCAAACGUAAUUUCUACAGUCAUCAGUGGAGCUACACCUCCACAGCCACCUACAAAAACCACCGUAGUCGCCCCUGUUCAUAGAAACGACCCUGCACCAGUGAAAUCUAAUUUCUCAUCUGGUUGCAGAAUGAACUGCAAUUUUGACUACAAUUUGUGCACAUGGACCCAGUUAUUGGCUGAUGUUUUUGAUUGGACGAGACAACGAGGCUCCACCCCUACAUCAAUGACUGGUCCCUCCUCUGAUCACACAACAGGAACUGGUUACUACCUGUACAUUGAGGGUGACAGCGCCACUCAUGGAGACACAGCACGUCUCCUCAGUGAGGAAUGCUCUGAUGUGCAACCCCAGUGUCUGCAGUUCUGGUACCAUAUGUACGGCUCCAGCUGGACUAUGGGUCUGACUGUCUACUUAUUGCAUGGGAAUGUGGCCCAGGAGGUCUGGAGAAAGAGAGAAAACCAGGGGAACGUCUGGCAUCAGGCUCUAGUGGACAUCAGGCCUCAUGACAAAUUCAGGAUUUUAUUUGAAGGACGCAGAGGAGCCAGUGUUACGUCAGAUGUGGCUCUGGAUGACGUCUCUAUACACAGAGGACCCUGUGCAGAUUUAGUAAACCAUCAGACUAUUUCACCUGCACCUGGAAAGCCGACACUAAUCCCUACAGUCACCAGCCCCACUACAAAAUCUGCAUUCUCACCUGUGUGCACAUUCGACUGCAAUUUUGACAACAACCUGUGCACAUGGAGUCAGUUGGCGACUGACGUUUUUGACUGGACGAGACACAGCGGUCCCACUUCUACAGCAAUGACUGGCCCCUCAUCUGAUCACACAACAGGAACUGGUUACUACCUGUACAUUGAGGGUGACAGCGCCACUCAUGGAGACACAGCACGUCUCCUCAGUGAGGAAUGCUCUGAUGUGCAACCCCAGUGUCUGCAGUUCUGGUACCAUAUGUACGGCUCCAGCUGGACUAUGGGUCUGAGUGUAUACCUGUUGCAUGGGAAUGUGGCCCAGGAGGUCUGGAGAACAAGAGAAAACCAGGGGAACGUCUGGCAUCAGGCUCUAGUGGACAUCACACCCCGUGGCAAAUUCAGGAUUUUAUUUGAAGGACGCAGAGGAGCCAAUUCUAGGUCAGAUGUUGCUCUGGACGACGUCUCUUUACAGAGAGGACCCUGUGCAGGUUUACUGAAAGAUCUGAUUGGUUCACCUGUACCCGAGAUGUCAAACGUAAUCUCUACGGUCAUCAGUGGAGCUACACCUCCACAGCCACCUACAAAAACCACCGUAGUCGCCCCUGUUCAUAGAAACGACCCUGCACCAGUGAAAUCUAAUUUCUCAUCUGGUUGCAGAAUGAACUGCAAUUUUGACUACAAUUUGUGCACAUGGACCCAGUUAUUGGCUGAUGUUUUUGAUUGGACGAGACAACGAGGCUCCACCCCUACAUCAAUGACUGGUCCCUCCUCUGAUCACACAACAGGAACUGGUUACUACCUGUACAUUGAGGGUGACAGCGCCACUCAUGGAGACACAGCACGUCUCCUCAGUGAGGAAUGCUAUGAUGUGCAACCCCAGUGUCUGCAGUUCUGGUACCAUAUGUACGGCUCCAGCUGGACUAUGGGUCUGACUGUCUACUUAUUGCAUGGGAAUGUGGCCCAGGAGGUCUGGAGAAAGAGAGAAAACCAGGGGAACGUCUGGCAUCAGGCUCUAGUGGACAUCAGGCCUCAUGACAAAUUCAGGAUUUUAUUUGAAGGACGCAGAGGAGCCAGUGUUACGUCAGAUGUGGCUCUGGAUGACGUCUCUAUACACAGAGGACCCUGUGCAGAUUUAGUAAACCAUCAGACUAUUUCACCUGCACCUGGAAAGCCGACACUAAUCCCUACAGUCACCAGCCCCACUACAAAAUCUGCAUUCUCACCUGUGUGCACAUUCGACUGCAAUUUUGACAACAACCUGUGCACAUGGAGUCAGUUGGCGACUGACGUUUUUGACUGGACGAGACACAGCGGUCCCACUUCUACAGCAAUGACUGGCCCCUCAUCUGAUCACACAACAGGAACUGGUUACUACCUGUACAUUGAGGGUGACAGUGCCACUCAUGGAGACACAGCACGUCUCCUCAGUGAGGAAUGCUUUGAUGUGCAACCCCAGUGUCUGCAGUUCUGGUACCAUAUGUACGGCUCCAGCUGGACUAUGGGUCUGAGUGUAUACCUGUUGCAUGGGAAUGUGGCCCAGGAGGUCUGGAGAACGAGAGAAAACCAGGGGAACGUCUGGCAUCAGGCUAUAGUAGACAUCACACCCCGUGGCAAAUUCAGGAUUUUAUUUGAAGGACGCAGAGGAGCCAGUGUUACGUCAGAUGUGGCCCUGGAUGACGUCUCUAUACACAGAGGACCCUGUGCAGAUUUAGUAAACCAUCAGACUAUUUCACCUGCACCUGGAAAGCCGACACUAAUCCCUACAGUCACCAGCCCCACUACAAAAUCUGCAUUCUCACCUGUGUGCACAUUCGACUGCAAUUUUGACAACAACCUGUGCACAUGGAGUCAGUUGGCGACUGACGUUUUUGACUGGACGAGACACAGAGGUCCCACUUCUACAGCAAUGACUGGCCCCUCAUCUGAUCACACAACAGGAACUGGUUACUACCUGUACAUUGAGGGUGACAGCGCCACUCAUGGAGACACAGCACGUCUCCUCAGUGAGGAAUGCUCUGAUGUGCAACCCCAGUGUCUGCAGUUCUGGUACCAUAUAUACGGCUCCAGCUGGACUAUGGGUCUGAGUGUAUACCUGUUGCAUGGGAAUGUGGCCCAGGAGGUCUGGAGAACGAGAGAAGACCAGGGGAACGUCUGGCAUCAGGCUCUUGUGGACAUCAAGCCCCAAGACAAAUUCAGGAUUUUAUUUGAAGGACGCCGAGGACACAAUGCUAGGUCAGAUGUGGCUGUGGAUGACAUCUUUUUCCACAGAGGAACCUGUGCAGAUUUAAUGAAACAUUUGGUUGGUUCACCUAUACCUGACGUUACUCAACAGUAAUCUCUACGGUCAGCAACAGAUCUGCAACUUCACUGCCUCUUAAAUAAACCACUACAGUCGCAGUUUGCCAUCCUUUCACAAACUUCAGCACCUGAGCCAUAACAUACCAUCUCUCUCAGUCUCCUAACAAUCUGGACAUUUGGCUUAAGUUACCAGUCUUGCCUAACUAAUCACUGAUAUUGAUGAAUCUAUGAUUGUUUUGCUGUUAGAUUAUCUAACAAAGUACAAUUAUUUUGUUACUGUACCUCUGUUCAAGUAACUGCACUUUAUAUGAGUUUUUCUUUCACGUGAUAAUUUUUUUUUACUUUUACUCACUACAUUUCAAAGGGAAGUCUGUACUUUCUAUUCAGUACUUUUUAAGCAGUUGAAUAAAAUAUAAACUCUAACAGAUGGUGA